AUGUUGUAUGUUGUAAACAAAUGCGUAUGUUUCGAACAAGUUUAAAAAAAGGUUUUGUUUUUUCGUUAAUAUCAAUAAUAUAAUACUAGUCUUCUUCUUCGGAUGCCUAUCCGAUCCCGAAUGUGGGCGGUCUUUCCGGCGGUUUACUCUUUGCGACGCGAAACAACGCUGAUGAGCAAUUCCCAAACCACAACCUCAGAUUCGGAAGCCACGAUGAUCUUCUUUUGCCGGGUCCUAUCUUGGCCACUAUUUUCCAUCGCAAAAUGGAUUAAAGUAUAGAAUAACUAUUUUCAUUUCUCAUCGUGUGCCAUAGGUAUUUGAGCUUUCCGACCUGAAUGGUGUUAAUGAGCUCAGUGUCCUUGUUCAUUCUUCAGACAACUUCAACGCUUGUAAUCCGAGCGGCAUCUUCGGCAUUCUUCUAUAUAAAUAUAUAAUCAUAACUCAAAUGCUCCGCUUCUGGUUUCUUGGUGGUGACAUCAAUCAGAGUUCAGGAUUCCACACCGUGGACAAGCACAAAGAACUCGUAGCAUCUCAUGAUACCAUUAACGCUAAGUUAAUUAUAAAAAUGAAUUUAUCAUGA